AUGGCAUCGCGCCUCGUCAAUUACGAGAGCUCAGAGAAUGGCGCUGAGCAAUUACCUGAGCCGUCACCUCCCGGAGAACCCUGCGAACCACAUACUCAAAUCCCUGCUCCUUCAACUGACCAGACCUUCGAAACCCGUGAUGCUGCUAUAAAAUUCCUUAAUAGUUUUACCAAGACUUAUGGAUAUGCGUCGGUCACGAAGAGAUCCAAAACACCGAAAGAAGGUGGCUCAAUUCGCCGAGUUUACCUUCAGUGCAGCCGCGGAGAAGUAUAUCAUCCGAGGCAUGAUCAUUAUUCAGCAGCUGGAUUAACACUUGCUUCGUUACGCCAUGAAGAGAUAGAAUCUAAGGAGACUCAAGUUAAGUCUUAUUUAGAUUCUUACAUGUCAACAAACCAAAUCUUACCAAUCCUCUACAAAGAUAAUCCAGAAUCGAUUAUCAAGCCAAGAGAUAUCUAUAAUAAGAAAAGGAAGCUGCGAGAUGAUUUCCCUGAUGGCAAGACACCAGUACAGGCCCUUAUUAGUGUCGUUCCACUUCCAGAUAAUGGUGAUGGGAUAAUCAACUAUGAAACAACUGAUACAAAUACACUACUUGCAGUUAGCCUCACUUGA